AUGGAGAAUAAUCAGUCUUUUCGGCAAUUCAGUGACCAGCUGCGUUUGCAGACAUCCAACUUGGCAAACCUCUCUCUGAACGAUUCGAUUUGGAGCAACAAUUACGUGUCCAAGAGGCGUGAUGAAAGGAUUAAUUUUGACAUCAAAGUGGGUGGUGAGAUAAACUCUUUCAAGUCAAAGGAGCCUGCUUGUGAUUACAACGAUAACAUGAAUGGAUCUCUUCUUGCCAUGACUUACAACAACAACAGUAUUUUGGGUGUUGGUUUGGAUGGUGGGGUGGGUCUCAAUGGAGGGUUCAACAAGGGAAUUUACUCCAAACCUGCCUUUGCCAAUCUUAACAACAACAUUAACCUCAAUAUCAAUCCAAAGGGCCACAAAGGCAAGGGUGAAGAUGAGUUUCUUCAUCUUCCCAAAUCUUCUAAGAAAAACAACAACCCCAACAAGAAACACGAUAACAACAACAACAGCGGCAACAAUGAUAACAACAAGGAUUCCAAGGCUUCUGCCGACAAGAGAUUCAAAACACUGCCACCUUCGGAGUCUCUUCCCAGGAAUGAAACCAUUGGGGGCUACAUCUUCGUUUGCAACAAUGACACCAUGGCUGAAAAUCUCAAGAGGCAACUCUUCGGUCUGCCUCCAAGAUACAGAGAUUCUGUUCGGGCCAUAACUCCAGGGUUGCCCCUUUUCCUUUACAACUAUUCCACUCACCAACUCCAUGGAAUCUUUGAGGCUGCAAGUUUUGGAGGAACUAAUAUUGAUCCAACGGCUUGGGAGGAUAAGAAAUGCCCUGGUGAAUCUCGUUUCCCUGCUCAGGUAAGAGUGAUUACUAGGAAAACAUGUGAACCACUGGAGGAGGAUUCCUUCAGACCAAUCCUUCACCACUAUGAUGGUCCCAAGUUUCGUCUUGAGCUGAACGUGCCCGAGGCCUUGUCUCUGCUGGAUAUUUUUGCUGACCAAGAUACCUUCAACGAUACUUUCAAGGCUCUGGCCGCAUAA